AUGGCAGUGAUCCUCGAGAAAGGAGUCAUCCCUCCCAACGCGCUUCUUCAGAAGAUCAAUCCAGCACUUAAAGCAGACUCAUACCACAUUACCGUACCAUCUAAAAGCAUCGAGUGGCCUACCGAGGGCCUCCGUCGAGUAUCUCUCAACUCUUUCGGGUUCGGCGGUUCAAACUCGCAUGUUGUUCUUGAUGAUUCACUUCACUACUUACAGGAUCGAAGUCUGAGCGGUAUCCAUAACACGAGCCUCACCCCAAGGCCUGUGACAAACGGCGCAGGUGUCACCACCAAUGGACAUGGCGCGGCGCAUACCAAUGGCACCAACGGGACCAAUGGUGCUAAUGGUGCUAAUGGUGCUAAUGGUGCUAAUGGUGCUAAUGGUGCUAAUGGUGCUAAUGGUGCUAAUGGUGCUAAUGGUGCUAAUGGUGCUAAUGGUGCUAAUGAUGCAGCGAAUGGCCACUCAGACGUGGAACUACCCAAGCUUCUGGUGUGGACUGCUGCCGACGAAAAGGCAUCUAAGUGCACCAUCGAAGCUUACGACAACUUUUAUAAAGAGAAGGUGGGCGGGAACCAUAAAAGGUUCGUCCAUUUGGCAUCUACGCUCGGUACUCGCCGAAGCACCAUGCUAUGGAGAGCUUCUGCUGUGGUUGACGGAUCAGCAGAACAGGCAUUGUCGUGUUCGAAGCCCAUUCGAAGCUCGGAGGACCAUGGCCUGGCUUUUGUCUUCACAGGCCAAGGAGCGCAGUACAUUAACAUGGGCUCGGGUCUUGCACAGUAUCCGAUCUACCGGGAGACUAUAGAGAAGAUCGGGAAGAUUUACUCCAGCUUUGGGUGCGCGUGGAACCUAUUUGAGGAGCUUGGCUCCAGCGACAACAUCAACAUGCCGCAGUAUAGCCAGCCACUCGCAACCGCUGUACAGAUUGCCUUGGUCGAUCUACUCGCCAGCUUUUGCAUCACUCCCAGGGUAGUUAUAGGACAUUCUUCAGGAGAGAUUGCUGCAGCAUAUGCAUCAGGUGGGCUGUCUUUGGAGUCUGCCUGUAGAGUGUCCUACUUUCGUGGCCUCUUGGCUGGAAGGCUAAGGGAGGUCAACGCUUCAUCUCCAGGCGCCAUGCUGUCCAUCAACUUGGCACCGCAUCACGUCUCGGAGUACCUGGAGAAAACAGGCAUCACUACUGUCAACGUUGCCUGCAUCAACAGUCCGCUCAACGUCACACUAUCGGGGCCUGAAGACACCAUCGACAAGGUCAAAUCCCAGGCUGAUCGGGAUGGUAUCUUCGCGCAGAAACUCAAGACUGGAGUUGCCUAUCAUUCACCAUCCAUGAAGGCCAUCGCGAGCGAGUACUUUGCUGCACUCGAAGGACUCACCAAGAGACAGGAUGGGACUAGCAUCCUAAUGAUCUCUUCUGUCACCGGCAAAAGCAUUUCUCCCGAGACACAAUCAACUGGUUCAUACUGGGUUGACAAUAUGCUGUCCCCUGUUCGAUUCGCUGAAGUGGUGCAGGUCAUUGCAAACAGGAACUCAGCACGCAAACUUGGCUUAGAAACCAUUACUGAUCUCGUCGAGAUUGGACCUCAUCCAGCUCUCCGAAGGCCCGUGAAAGACACCCUCAAUGGGAUGUCCAGUGCGGCAAAGGGAGUAAGAUACAACUAUGUCUUGCAUAGAUCCCACCCAGCAUCGCGGACCACUCUAGAACUUGCUGGACAACUGUUCUGCCAAGGCUAUCCCGUCUCCAUCUCGGCAGUUAACCACCAAGACAAGACGGAGAAGUUUCUGGUUGACUGCCCCAAGUAUCCAUUCGACAGAUCACAGCGAUACUGGGCUGAGUCGCGUCUCAGUAGAGAUUUUAGGCUGCGGGAGGCUGUGAAGGGCGAGUUACUUGGGGUGAGGGUAUCCGAUUGGAACCCACUGGAGCCUCGAUGGAGGGAUUUCUGGAGCAUCGACUCGACUGCAUGGACUGGAGAUCACAAGAUCAGUGACACUGUCUUGUUUCCAGCAUCUGGCAUGCUUCUUAUGGCUAUCGAGGCCGCUCAAGAGAUGGUUCCAUCAGACCGUGCUGUGUUUGGGUAUAACAUCAAGAAAGCUGAGUUUAUGACCCCUAUCAUUGUGCCAGAAACCUGGGAAGAUCGGCUCGAGACACAAGUCCGCCUGCGAGUUGUCGACAAGCAACAAACUGCAAAGUUCGAUGUCAGCAUCUUCACGUACUCGCGCAAUGAGUGGGUCGAGUGCUUCACUGCAAGCAUUUCGGUCGAGUAUCAGGACAACAAGAGGAACGGAGAGCGACGAGUGAACCACGAGCACAUCCGGGGUCAGUAUCAGGAGUUCACCAAGACAUGCACAUCUUCUGUCGACUCUAGCGUCUUCUAUCAUGAUGCCGCUGAUGUUGGACUGCAAUAUGGUGAUUGGUUCCAGCUCAUGCGCAACAUCAAGUGGAAUGGUAGGACCUUAGCGGUGGCGCGCGUUGAUCUGUUACACUCAAGGCUCAACACCACGAGCCUUGUUCAUCCAGCCGUGCUGGACCAAGCGUUUCAAGUUCUUCGAGCCAGCUCCGGUCAACAACCUGCAGCCAAUGUCCCCGUAAGACUCGAAAACGCUUGGUUUUCCGCCAAAGCAUGGACGACACCUUCGGUUCAGUGGAUGUCUGAAGCGACGCCAACUGUCCAUGGCUACGGGGAACAGGGCAAGGUGAUUGCUUUGAGCGAGGAUGGGGAGGUUCUCUGCUGUAUUGAACGUGCAGUUACAUCAGCUGUCUCAGGUGGAAUAACGCAUAAGAAAAAGAAGCUGGUGUACUCCAUCCAGUGGAAGCCGCAGUUUAGCAUGCUUGAUCCCAACCAACUCGGUCGAUUAUGCACCGCUAACGCCGUGCUGAAAGAUGACAGCGCUAUCCUGGAGAAUCACUCGAAGCUUUGCCAUACGCUGGAGAUCGUAGCUGCUCGUGUACUGAAGCGUAUCGAUAAUUCCAAAGUUCCAGCAGAUCUGCAACGCCAUGUCGAGUGGAUGGAACACCACGUUAGCAAGUUGUCAGCCGAUCAUCAGGAUGAAGCACUGGGGAUCAGUGAAGAGGAGCUCGAGUCUCGCCUCGCUGAGGUUGACUCCGUCCUCCCAGCGUGGAAGCUAUACACAACCUGUGCACGGAAGCUACCCGAGAUUCUGUCAGGAGAGCUAGACCCUUUGCAGGUAGUCUUUGAGUCAGAUCAGGCCGAUGUCUUUUACUCAGACCUCUUCCGGAACCUCUGCGUAGAUGGUCAACUAAGCUAUCUGCUUGACUUGGCGUCACACGAGAACCCAGCUUUGAGAGUUCUCGAGGUCGGUGCUGGAACAGGUGGUAUGACGGGACAUGUCAUCUCAGCUCUGCAAGAACGUGAGAAACGGACUGGAGGACUGGCCUUCUCAGAGUACACAUAUACCGACAUAUCGCCCGCUUUCUUUGAGACUGCAAGUCAAAGAUGGCCAGAUCUCAAGUCUCAGGGCCGCAUUACUUUCAAGACACUCGAUUUGGACCGAAGUAUCGAUAGUCAAGGCUUCGAACCUGAGUCUUAUGACUUGGUCAUUGCAGCGAGUGUGCUCCACGCAACCCCAUACCUGGAAGGCACUAUACGCAAUGUUCGCAAAGCUCUAAAACCAGGUGGUCGCCUCAUCUUACUCGAGGUUAUCAACCCCGAUGAUAUCGCCACCAACUUCAUGGCUGGCCUCGUGCCGGGCUGGUGGGUGGCUCGCGAGGAUUGGAGACCCCAUUCUGCUGCUAUUCCAGAGCAUCUAUGGGACAAGUGCCUCAAGGACAAUGGCUUCUCGGGCAAUGACUUGGUGAUUCGAGACUACCAAGAUGACCAGUGUCACAUUAUGAGUGUUAUUGUCACCACAGCUAGUGAACUUGAGCAAGCGGUUGAUAAAAAGGCAAGCAAAGGCCGUCUUGUCAUCCUCAUCAGUGACGAGGCGUCAACGAAAGAGAGGGAGCUUGCAGAUCGGGUCCGCGAACGAGUGGAUCCGGACCUAGAGCGUCAUACAACCGGGAAUCCAUUCUCACUGGGCUCAGUCCAGAAGGAACUUGCGAAUUUAACAAGUGAUGAUCUUGUCAUCUGCCUCGCCGAAGCUGGAGACAAACCUCUCCUCUCAAAUCUCUCGGAAGAACAGUUCAGCAGUCUUCAGCUCUUGAUCAGCAAAGUCUCCAACCUCCUAUGGGUCACUUCACCAAAUAACAGGAGCCCGGAGGGUCCAGACUAUAGUGUUGCUCAGGGCUUCUUCCGCUCAAUACGUGCCGAGCAGCCUGAUACUCACAUCGUCACACUAGCAAUAGACGGCGAGAUGGCUCAGGCUUCACAGGCAGGCUUCAUCUUUGAGGUCUACAAUGCAGCAUUCGAGACUGAAACGCCUUCAGAGGAAGUCGAGUACAUCGUUCGAGAUGGUGCCAUCACUACCGGCCGGGCGGUUCGAGAUAUCAGCACUGAUACCGCUUUACGAUCGCUUGUUUCGAAGCAGCUGCAACAGAAGUCGUGGGCCGAGGGGCCAGCGUUGAAACUUUGUAUCAGCCAACCAGGAUCACUCGACUCACUUCAGUUUGUGGAAGACCAGUCCCACGCUGAGGAACUCGGUCCUCGUGAUAUCGAGAUCGAAGCAAAGGCCUGGGGUCUUACCUCUCAUGAUCUUGACAUUGCCCUUGGUCACCAUGACAAGCGAACCGAGGAGUUCGGCAGUGAUUGCGUUGGGGCUGUCACUCGUAUUGGGAAUAGCUGCAGCACUACCAUUCGAAUAGGAGAUCGUGUCGCUAUGGUCUCUUCUGGUUGCAUGAGGAAGUAUCCUCGCGCCAACGAAGCCUGCAUCUUCAAGAUUCCCCACUCGCUCAGCUUCAAAGAUGCGGUCUCGCUCACACUUCCCGGCUUGACUGCCUGCCAUUCGGUUCUCAAUGUUGCUCGGGUACAGGAGGGUGACAAGGUCUUGAUCCACUCGGCUGCAAGCAGUGCAGGUCAGAUUGCCGUAAGGCUAGCCCAGACCCUGGGUGCUCAAGUGUUUGCUACUGUGUCGACAGCGGCUGAGAAGCAAUCCCUAAUUGACACCUUGGGCUUGACCGCAGACCAUAUCUUUGACAGCAACUCCACAUCUCUUACUCAAGAUGUCAAGAGAGUCAGUGAGGGAGCAGGUGUUGAUGUGCUACUCGACUUUUCUCAGGAUACACUACGCACACCACUGUCUUGCGUUACUGAUGGGGGAUGUGUCGUCAGCCCUCAUAUUCGGGACAAGUCAGAAAUCUCUACCAUGGCCGUCGAGAUCAUGUCAAGAAAUUUCAUCUUCUCGUCCAUUGACAUUUUGCGUCUGAAGCCUAAGGUGUUGAGUCAACUGGCGGAAACAAUGAUGCAGCUCCUAGCGGAGAAUAACAUCCAGCUACCCCAACCACUGCCAGCCUUCAGGGUAUCCGGUAUCGAAGACGGCUUCAAGCAACUGCAAGAAGAGAAUAACAUCGAGCGUGUGAUAGUAACUGCAGGACCAGGAAAUGUAGUUCCGCAAUUUGUUCAGGACCGCCGCCCAUGGACGUUCGAUGGUAAUUCCGCCUAUUUAGUAGCUGGUGGAUCUGGAGGUCUCGGUCGAGCCAUUAUCAGAUGGAUGGCUGAUAGGGGUGCUAAACACCUGAUUGUCCCCUCUCGAUCUGGUGCAACAUCUCAAGCAGCAGCUCAUUUGGUGGCAGAGCUGACAUCCCGCGGAGUCAACAUCGUUGCUCCAAAGUGCGAUGUGUCUGUCACCGAAGAUGUGGCUGCCAUGCUGGAAGAAUGUUCUCGGACCAUGCCCCCUAUCAAGGGCUGCAUCAACGCCGCAAUGGUUCUGCAAGACGCCAUAUUCCAGAGCAACAUGAUAUUCCAGCAGUGGGAACUGACCAUGCGGUCCAAGAUCAACACCUCCAAGAACUUGCAUGAGCUUCUUCCCAAGGAUCUCGACUUCUUUAUUCUGCUGUCCUCUCUGGCUGGUGUCGUUGGGCAGAUGGCGAGCGCAAACUAUGCCGGUGGCUGUGCAUACCAAGAUGCCCUAGCCAAGUAUCGGAGAGCGCAGGGCCAGAAUGCACUGUCCCUUGAUAUCGGAUGGAUGAGCAACAUUGGCAUUAUUGCUCAGAAAGAGGCGUAUCAGCGUCAGAGGGAGACGUCAAAUGAUAUGCAGCCGAUCGAUGACAAGGAGUUACUUGCUUUGCUGACUCUAUGUUGCGAUCCUAACAAUCCAAUCGAGUUACCGCCAAUAUCCGAGGGACAAGUCCUCUUCGGUCUACGAACACCCGCCGAUAUCCUUGCUGAGGGCCAGCAACCACCAGCUCUGCUCGAAAGACCACUACUCAGUGCAUUCUCAUUCUUAGCGGGCAACAACAAUACACCAACUCAACCCGUUGACCACGCCGAGAACGCGAGAGAAGUAUUCCAAAAGUCCUCAGAUGCUGGAGAGCGGCAGCACGUUGUCAUACGCGCCAUUGCUGCUAAACUUGCGCGAGCCAUGUCCAUUUCGCCUGAUGAUGUUGAGCCAAGCAAGCCACUGUCUUUAUACGGAGUAGACUCGCUGAUGGCGGUGGAGCUGAGAAAUUGGAUAAAUAAGGAGUUUAGCUCUACGGUGGCUGUGUUUGAUAUCAUUGGCAGCAUAUCUAUUGCUGGGGCUGCAGUGGUCGUCGAAAAGCGAAGCUCGAUUUGA